AUGGUUGACGCGUCCUUCAAGGCGGUGGCGUGUCCCGACUUCCAUAAAUGCCUAAAAAGACAUGCGGAUAAACUUUCGUUCGAUGUCGUGGCCCUAUUUUGGGAGGUGAAGACGUUCGCCGUAGUUUUGUGCGAGAAUGAGGAUGGGUCCUCGUCUCCAGAGACGGACCCACUUCUCGACGGCUCGUGUUCAUUGUCUGUGGUGAAUGACACAAGCAGCCUUUGUGGGGACGACUUCUUGUUGGGCUUGGAAACUAGGCCGGGCUUUGUAGACGUGAACAACAUUGAGCUCAUUCCUAGGGAUUGUACUAAUGGUGUGGUGAUCGGUGGCCCUUUGAGAGUUGCAGAGGAGGAGCAUAUUACGCGUGUGUCAUUCGUUAAACCUAUCCUUUAG